AAGCUGGAACAAGAAAAGCACAAAAAGGGUCUGAGUCUGGAUCCUCAAAGGAAUCAGCAACACCACCAUUAUCAUCAUCCCAACCAAAACCAAAAUCAAGAUUCAUCUUUGAGACAACAUGUAAGACAAGAACAAGAGAGCAAACAAGAAGAACAAGAAAACCAAGAACAACAAACAUUUCUUCAUCACCAUCACCUCCUCUAUUCACAACAAACACCCCAACAAUUUCUUCCACCCCCACAACCACAACCACAACCCCAACCACCAAAAAAACGUUCAUAUUUCCCUUCUUCAUCUUCGCUGGGGCAAGACAUCGAACAACAUGCAAACAGAGAAAAAAUGGGCCUAAGAAACACUGUAGGAGAGAUAGUAGAAGUACAAGGUGGACACAUUGUAAGGUCAACAGGGCGCAAAGACAGGCACAGCAAGGUCUGCACAGCAAAAGGACCAAGGGAUCGUCGUGUUCGACUCUCAGCUCAUACUGCUAUUGAUUUUUAUGAUGUUCAAGACCGCCUUGGCUAUGACAGGCCAAGUAAAGCUGUUGAUUGGCUUAUUAAAAAAGCUAAACCUGCCAUUGAUGAAUUAGCUGAACUACCUGCUUGGAAACCCACUGUUGGUACUUCUAAUCUUGAACAAGAACAAACUCAAAAGCAACAAGAAGAUAACCACAAGUUUGCUAGUUUGUUUGAUAAUAAUAAUAAUGUUGCUGGUCCUUCUUCUUCAAUUAAAAAUGCAAGCUUUUUGCCACCAUCUUUGGAAUCUGAUGCUAUUGCUGAUACCAUUAAGUCUUUUUUCCCAAUGGGUAAUUCUUCUACUGCACCCAACUCUUCAGGUAUUCAGUUCCAUAACUUUCAAGAACCCAAUUUGUUGUCAAGAACCAAUAGCCAAAAUCAAGAUUUGAGGCUUUCUUUACAAUUUCAAGAUCCUGUUUUGCUUCACCAACAAAAUAGGGAACAAGAACAAGCCCAUUUUACAGGUAGUACUCCAUUAGGGUUUGAUGGUUCAACCUGGUCUAUACAUCAACAACAACCAGUAACAGGGUCUGGUGGACCCUAUUUGUUCAAUUCACCACCGGCCCCAGCGCUGUUGCAUCAGUUAUUCGGCGGGCAAAAUCAUUUUUUUUCUUCUUCUUCUUCUUCUUCUUCUUCACAGAGGGGACCCCUUCAGUCCAGUAACACACCUUCGAUUCGAGCAUGGAUGGACCAACAAGUUGAUCCAAGUCAUCAUCAUCAUCAUCAUCAACAUCAAGCUGUAUUGCCAAUGUAUCAUCAUCCAUCAACAAUUCCUGGCUAUGGAUUUGCCUCUACUGAAGUAGGAGGUGGAUUCUCUGGGUUUCGUAUUCCUGCUCGAAUCCAAGGUGAAGAAGAGGAGCAGCACGAUGGCAUUUCCGAUAAGCCAUCCGAUGCUUCCUCUGAUUCUCGCCAUUGAAUUAGCUCCAAAGACUCUCUUUCCGAACACAGGGAUAUGCUCUACUUGAAUGAAACUGGAAACUACAGAAGUAAUGCUGUGAAAGAGCGGAGAAUGAGAGAGUUCAUUAUCGAGUCUGCUUCAAUGGCGUGCACCGUGUUGAAAAGAAUCCUGAUCAUUGUUUCAGGUUCUUCGAUUCGGUCCAAUAUUAUUAGUUAUUCGAUGUUCUUGCUUUUUGUUCUUGUGUAAUUGAGCUUUUUCUAGCUCAAAUGCUACUUUAGGAGUGUUAUGUGUUUUGCAAGACUUGUCACUUUGCUGCUAUUUGCUUUUAUUUCAUGAAUUGGAGACUUUCAAGCUAGAAUUGGUAAUGUUCUGUUAAAUAUUCUAAUGUCUUGAAUGCCACAUCUGGAACUA